AUGGCAGCAACAAGUUCUUCCACUUCUUCUCUUCCCAUUCAAAGAUUAUUAGGAAAAGUUGCUUUGGUCACUGGAGGUGCUGGUGGUAUUGGACUUAGCAUCGUACGCCUGUUUCACAAACAUGGUGCAAAAGUUUGUGUAGCUGAUAUUCAAGACGAUAUUGGUCAGAAUUUGUGCAAGACCUUAGGUGACAACACUUCCGUUUCCUUUUGCCAUUGUGAUGUGACACUUGAAGAUAUUAGGAACUUUGAUCUCUCUGUGUUUGAGAAGGUGUUUGAUGUAAAUGUAAAAGGCGUUUUCCUUGGAAUGAAACACGCUGCACGGAUAAUGAUUCCAGCUAAGAAGGGGUCAAUUAUAUCUAUGUGCAGUGUUGCAUGUACCAUCGGUGGUCUGGGCCCACAUGCGUACACAGGGUCAAAGCAUGCUGUUUUAGGGCUCACCAGGAAUGUUGCAGCAGAGCUAGGGAAACAUGGUAUCCGUGUGAACUGCAUUUCACCUUAUGCUGUUGCAACGAGUUUGGCUCUGGCCCACUUACCGGAGGACGAGAGGACUGAGGUUGCAAUGAUUGGUUUCCAUGAUUUCGUGGGGAGGAAUGCCAACUUGCAGGGCGUGGAAUUGACAGCCGAUGAUGUGGCAAAUGCUGUUGUCUUCUUGGCCAGUGAUGAGGCCAGAUAUAUAAGUGGGUCAAAUCUCAUGGUCGAUGGUGGUUUCACAUCUGCAAACCACUCUCUUCGGGUAUUUAGUAUUACAAGCAGCAACUAUUGCAAUCGGUUCUAUUUCAUCAUAAGCUUAAAUUCUAUGAUGAUCUCAUUUUAUACUUGGGAAAAUGCUCUGUUAGUUGCCAUGGAUGGCUUGGAGAACCUUCGAGGGGAUUACAAAUUUCAGUCAGAAGGUAGCAGUUGGGCUUUUGGGCAGCUUGUGGAGUUGAGCCUUGAUUUUGGAGUCAAAGCCAACGACGAAGUUAGCUAG